AGUGAUGAAAAUGAAUGACUCUUCCAUCAGGGACACUUUGGUUUUUACUGUCUAUAAGGAGAAGGGCUCAAACAAAAAUGCAUUCUUUACUGUUGUUUUCAUAAUAUAUCUUGCAUCUGUAGUAGUCAAUGUUUCCCUAAUGUUGUUACUUUACCUGGACACUUCCCUCCAUAAGCCAAUGUACAUAUUUUUAUUUUGCUUACUUUUAAAUGGGAUUAUUGGAAGUACCGCUGUUUGGCCACGGGUUAUGUUCCUCCUGUUAACAGAGGUCAAUACCACAUCAUAUGAGGGCUGUCUUGUUCAGUUAUUUCUAAUGGGAAGCUAUGGAAGUUGUAACUACACAGUGCUAACAGUGAUGGCUUAUGACAGAUUUGUGUCCAUAUUUAAUCCCCUGCAGUAUCACACCAUCAUGACCCCACAGAAAGUAAGACAGCUGUUGUUGGCUGCUGACCUUGUGCCUGUAGUUUGUGUACUUGGUCAGGUAUUCUUUAUUUCUCAGUUGCACUUCUGCAAAAACACUCUUCAUAGAAUAUUUUGUGAUAGUUUAUCUCUUUCUAGCCUGUCCUGUGGUGACAGCAUUCAGAGUCGAGUGACCAACCUGUAUGGAAUAUGUUUUAUUAUUGCGCUUGUAAUCCUCCCCCUGUUUCUUGUUUUGUUGUCAUAUGUUAAAAUUAUAGUGUUCAUUUUAAAGACCUCUGGAAAUACUGGAAAGAAAGCUUUUGAAACCUGCUCUCCACACAUGAUUGUUUUUAUCAAUUUCUCAAUGGCCACACUUUUCUCUGUCAUUUAUAAUCGCAUCAACCCUUAUUUACCUGGCGAGGCUAAUGUAAUUCUAUCGAUUAACUACAUCCUUGUUCCCCCCCUAUUGCAUCCAAUUAUAUAUGGAAUAAAAAAUCAGGAAAUUAGAAACAGCCUUUUAAAAAUGUGGAAAAGAAAAAUCUGGACCAUUUGA